AUGUCGGUGUGCUUCAAAAUAAAGGGCGAGAUCUGCCCGCGGCAGCCGGGGCCAGCAGGACCCGGUUUCCCCCGCGCCACCCGGGCCCGGUGCCGCUGGCGGCGGCUGCGCCGGCGGCAGUGGCGGUGGCCGGCGGAGGCGGACAGCGCCGGCGGCAUGGAGCCGCCCGGGGCCGCCGCCCUGGAGCUGGCCCUGGAGGAGGAGCUGGCGCUGCUGGCCGCCGCCGGGGAGCCGCCGGAGCCGCCGCCCGCCGCCGCCGCUCGCGACCCCGAGCUGCUCUCGCUGAUCCGGCAGAAGGAGAAGGACCUGGUGCUGGCGGCGCGGCUGGGCAAGGCGCUGCUGGAGCGGAACCAGGACAUGAGCCGGCAGUACGAGAGGAUGCACAAGGAGCUCACCGACAAGCUGGAGCACCUGGAACAGGAGAAGCACGAACUGCGGCGGCGAUUUGAGAACAAGGAGGGAGAGUGGGAAGGAAGGGUGUCUGAGCUGGAGAGCGACGUGAAGCAGCUGCAGGACGAGCUGGAGAAGCAGCAGGUCCACCUGCGCGAAGCCGACCGCGAGAAGACGCGCGCUGUCCAGGAACUCUCCGAGCAGAACCAAAGACUCCUGGACCAGCUUAGCAGGGCGUCGGAGGUGGAGCGGCAGCUCUCCCUGCAGGUCCACACCCUCCGGGAGGACUUUCGGGAGAAGAAUUCCUCCAGCAGCCAACACAUCGUGCGGCUGGAGAGCCUCCAGGCCGAGCAAGUCCUUGAAAUCAAAAUGCUGACAGACAGGAAGCGGGAGCUGGAGCAUCGCCUCAGUGCCAUGAUGGAGGAGAACGACCUGCUCCAGGGAACCGUGGAGGAGCUGCAGGACCGAGUCCUCAUCCUGGAGAGACAAAGCCAUGACAAGGACCUGCAGCUGCACCAAAGCCAGCUGGAGCUCCAGGAGGUGAGGCUGUCCUACCGGCAGCUGCAGGGCAAGGUGGAGGAGCUCAGCGAGGAGAAAAGUCUCCAAAACCUCAACACAACCAGCACAUCCCUGCUCUCUGAGAUAGAGCAGAGCAUGGAGGCAGAAGAGCUGGAGCAAGAACGAGAACAGCUGAGGCUGCAGCUCUGGGAGGCGUACUGCCAGGUGCGGUACCUGUGCUCCCACCUGCGGGGCAACGACAGCGCCGACUCGGCCGUGUCCACCGACUCCUCCAUGGACGAGUCCUCAGAAACCUCAUCCGCCAAAGACGUGCCGGCCGGGAGCCUGCGCGCCGCCCUCAGCGAGCUCAAGAGACUCAUACAGAACGUGCUGGACGGGGCAGACUCCACGAGCUCUCGGCGAAGCGACGACGACACCUUAGAGGAACAGAUCAGGAGAACCAGUGAGGAUUCACGAGCCCUGAGGGAAUUAAUGGAGGGAGAACGGGGGAAACUGAGGCAGAGUUUGGAGGAGCUGCAGCGACUGCACAGCCAGGUGACGCUGCUGAGUGUGGAGAUGACUUCGCUGAAGGAGGAGCGGGACCGGCUGCGCGGCGCUGCCGAGGACAAGGAGGCGAGCGAACGGCUCCUGCAGGCCAUCAGGGACCGCGACGAGGCCAUCGCCAAGAAGAACGCGGUGGAGGUGGAGCUGACCAAGUGCAAGAUCGACAUGAUGUCCCUCAACAGCCAGCUCCUGGACGCCAUCCAGCAGAAGGUGAACCUCUCACAGCAGCUGGAGGCCUGGCAGGAUGACAUGCACAGGGUCAUUGACCAGCAGCUGAUGGACAAACACCCGAAGGAAUGGAGCCAGCUUGCUUAUUCCUUCUCCAGCGGCACCAAGCGGAGUGCCAGGCCCUCCCCCGCGCCCAGGCCGGAGCAGCAGGGGGACGAGCCCGGGGCCGAAGGAAACCGUCUCUUCUCCUUUUUCAAGAAAAAUUAA